AUGAUAAGAAUCGAAUAUGAUAAUCCAUAUUUGUUAAAAUAUAAAACAAGCUAUGCUGAUACAAGUUAUAAAAUUAUUGAUACCAGAAAAAAAUGCAGAAAAACUUUUAAAGACUUAAAAUUGUGUGCUUUACAGAAUACACCAAAAAUUAGUCAAGAGAAAAAGAAAGACUUAUUAGCAUUAUUUAACUCACAUGCAAUUCCUAAAAACCAUUGGGCAUUUUAUCAACAAUUAGAAGUAGACUCAAAAAAUUCAAAAAGAAUUGUUGAUACUGAUAGUGAAACUUAA